ACAUUCGUUUUGACAUUGCAACCCGACAUUCAUUUUAACCUAAUAAAACUAUUCACUCUCUACUUAAUAGAAAAUACCUACCUAAUAUUUCCUUGAACCUCCCAUCAUGCGUUUCGCCGCUCUCGCCGUCACGGCUCUGGCAACAUGUGCCUUUGCCCUUCCGUCGCCCUUCGCCACAGUCCCCACUCCCUCUAUCCAUGACAGAGAUCUCAUCUCCAGCGUCCUCAACCUCCUCAACCCCUCCAACCUGCUUGUCGACCUUUCUGCCGAAGGAGCUGCAGCCUUCGUCGGCGCCAGUCUCGGUCUCAAGGCCGAUCUCAUCGAUGUUGACGCCAAAGCCAAACUCGGUCUCUGGCUUGACGGUACCGACAUCGAUCUCGAUGUCUCCGUGAAGACCGCCCUCAAGGGCUGGUGCACCGGUGCCAGUGCCGAGUUGGAUGUUGACGUUGUCGCUGAAAUUGCCCUUUUCGCUCCCUGCGCCGCCGGUAUCGCUGCCAAGGGUGGCCUUGUCGUUGACGUUAAUGGUAUUGCAUCCGUCGGUGCCGCUGUCGGUGUCAUCCUCGAAGCAGACCUCCAAGCCGAACUCCUCGCUUUCCUCAAGGCAAACCUCGACCUUGACUCUGAAGUCGCCGUUGGCCUCCACAUCUGCGCUAACGGUGGUCUCGUCGUUGCUCUUACCGCCGAUGUCAAGGCUGCCCUCACUGCAUGGCUCUCCAGCUCCGAAUGUGGUCUUUCCGCCGGUCUUAAGGCUGCCAUCGGCCUCUGGCUCGAAGCCCAAGUCGGUGUUGGUGCUGUCGCUCUCGGAACCGUCUCCACCGCCGCCUCCAUCUCUGGCUCUAUCGGUCUUACUAUCGACGCCGCUGUUGAUGUUGAGGGUAUUCUCUCUGCCACUUACAUCACUGCCCUCAAGGCCUGGAUCUCUGCUCAAGUCAACUUGGACGCUGACAUCAAGGCCGCCCUCGGAAUCUGCGCUGGCGCUAAGGCAGCUAUCACCCUCGACAUUGUCGCUGUUGAGAAACUCACAGCAUGGCUUUUGAGUGCUGAGUGCUCUCUCACCGCUGAGCUCAAGGCUGCCGUCUUGCUCUGGUUGCACGUUCGUGUCACUGUUGCUGAGACCAUCUCCGUCCUUUCCGCUGCCGAUAUUGCUACCUUGACCACCUGGAUCGGAGGCGAGAUUGCCGCUGAUCUCAGCGCUGUUGUUAAGGGUGUUAUUGGUGUUGCUAUUGCCGGUGAGGCUGUUGUUAACGUCUCCGUUGACGCUAUUGCGGAACUUAUUGGUGUCUUGACUGGCUGUGUCAGCGGUAUUGAUAUCUCCCUUGAUAUCCAGAUCAUUCUUGGAAAGUGGAUUUCUGGUGAGACUUGCGGAUGCCAUAGCAACGAGAAGAGAGGACUCGUCAUGGCUGCCAGAUGUCGUGCAACUCUUGUGGUGAUAUCUGUAUAG